UUCUAUCUCCUCUCGUAUUCAACAACAAAGCUAACACAUUCACAGAGAGAGGACACACACAAAAGCUAAAGAGCGAAAAUGGCAGCGACGACUCUCUCCACCGCAAGCAUAAUCCUUUCCUCAUCAUCUCCCACUCUCACCGCCGCCCAUCCCUUCUUCUCCCGACCCACCACACUCGAAUUCCCAUCUCGCUUCGGUCUUUCUUCCUCCUCCUCCACACUAACCCACCGCGCCACCCACCUCCGCCCCCUCGCCGCCGUCGAAUCCCCGGAGAAAAUCGAGAAAAUCGGAUCCGAGAUCUCGUCCCUCACCCUCGAAGAAGCCCGCAUCCUCGUCGACUACCUCCAGGACAAGUUAGGCGUCACGCCUCUCUCCUUGGCUCCCGCCGCAGCGGCUGUCGCUGCUCCGGGAGACGGCGGCGGCGCGGCGGCCGUGGCGGAGGAGCAGACGGAGUUCGAUGUGGUGAUUAACGAGGUGCCGAGCAGCUCGCGUAUCGCGGUGAUUAAGGCGGUGAGGGCGUUGACUAGCUUGGCGUUGAAGGAAGCGAAGGAGCUUAUCGAAGGGCUGCCGAAGAAGUUCAAGGAAGGUGUGACGAAGGAUGAAGCUGAGGAGGCUAAGAAGCAGCUUGAAGAAGCUGGUGCUAAGGUUUCCAUUGCUUAAAAUGUUAUUAACAAUCGCUACUUUUUUUUAUUUUAAAAAUGUGUUUUUUUUCGGAGUUUAUGUGGGUUGUUUUGUUUGAAUUGUUGGUUAAGCUUUGAGAAAGUAAUGUAAUUUGAAUCAAUUUCGUUUCACCUUAUGAUUAAGUGUUUGAAUGAA